AUUAAAAUAGAGUGCAUAAAUUCAGUUGUGGUGCCCGAUGCACUGCUCAUCGCGCUAAAUCGUUACCUGGACGCUCAGCAGGAUCAGAGCGCAACUGCCACACGCCAAAUUCGAGCUGAAGCUGACUCGGAUGAAGUUCUAUGCAACUGCGAGGCUACGAUGCGUUCAAACCCCAUCAAAGGAACAGCAGCUGAGUCAACAUUGGGUGCCAUACCAAAGUCGCCAUUGACGGCACAACAAUUGAUGCCACAGGGUAACUCACAGGAUGGCAGGCAACAAUUUACUUCUCAACCAGUAUGGAAUUCAAUGCAGUUACAUUCCAAACCCUACGAUCCUGUGCUACAGACACGGGAUCAUCAGCACUCUCGGAAUCCCGCACGUCGUCGAUCUCUGAGCGCCCCAGCAGAAAGCUCCCGUGAUUGUCAAAGAGGUGCCGAUAAAUUUUGUCAUACUCCUCAAGAACGUUCACAUAAUAUCUUGGGUUUGCAGCCUUCAAAAUUGAAUAAACUACAGCAUAAUCAAACGACAGUUUCAAGCCAACGGACACAGCCAAAACUUCUGCAUUGCUCAACUUGCUGUGGUACAGAUGCAGGCAAUAGCUCCUAUAAUGUGGGCAACAUGAGUUUUGAGACUCAACGGCAAGAGCCUACUAGACACAUGGAUGACAGCAGUUGCGUUGGCAUGAACUAUGACCAAUGGUACCAACAACAGCAAUACCAACAACAGCAAUACCAACAACAACAACAUCAGCAGCAGCAACAAUACCAACAACAGCCGCAACAGCAACAGCAACAAUGGGAACAGAGUUCGAGAUGCCUCAAAAACGAAGUUUCAUUUGAUGAUUUUGAACCUGCUUUGAAUAGCACGAUGAUUGAUCAGGAUUAUCAAGGCAAUGCGGGUCGUUCUAUGCAGUGCACCGCACAACAACAGCAGCAACAGCAACAGCAGCAGCAACAGCAACAAUUACAGGCAUCAUACAGAUCACAACAUGGACAGCAUCAGAGUCAAGCAUAUGGAGCACGUUGCAUGCCACAACAGCCGACGUCAGCGACUAGCCAAGGACAAUAUUCAUCCCAGCAAAGGGUGCAAUAUCCGGAUUUACAGUGUCAAGGACAGCAUGACUUUGAUCAUUCGUACAAUGAGACGAGCUACUUGGUGCUUCCUCAGCGAACUCAGGGGACUCAGGGAAUGCAGAAGUCAGCAAGUCCACAGGUUUCAUUUCGGGAUGAGCAGAAUUUGUCAACACACCAGACAACUCGCAAUACAAUUGAUUAUCCUGCUGGCACGGGAUAUCAGUCAAAUUUGAGCAUGAAUCAAGGAUCUCGUUAUCAGGCACCUACUGGAAUCGAUUCUGGUUUGAACCAGAGCAACGUCAAACAAGGUGGCGUACCAAUUACCAUUAAUUUGGCCAAGUCAAAUACAAGUUGUCAAGAUAGCACAAAUCAAGACAAACUAAAUAGACCUACGACUCCUAUUAAUUAUAUGACACGUGAAGAACUCUAUGUUCAACACGCCCAAACAGUGUUCUUGGAAUCCUUAGUCCUGGAUCGCACUUGUCCGGGCAUCAUUCAAGAAUCUCUCGAUGGACGCGAAAAUUUUAAUGAGUAUGCCUUUCAAAUUGCCUUUGGAGAUAAGAUACCAAGCGAACCACAUCCCAUCGAUCCCAUCACAAUGCUGGAAGCUAUAAAAAUGCGCAUCGAUUACGAACGAGAGGAAAUACACAAAAAAUGUCCCACAGUUCGGGAUGAAAGUGAGCAUAGUUCAAGACGUCAUAAAAACAGAAAUACUCGACAUGAUAAUAGCAGAGAUCGCACAAAAAGAUCUAGCGAAAGAGACAAAGACUCUUAUUACUUUAAACACAAGGAUGUUAAGAAGGGAAGGCGAUCGACAUCAGAAUUGACAGCUCAGGAAUUGAUGAGUGAGGACAUCGAUCGGCACUUUAGUACUAAAAACAAGACCGAAGUGAACGACAGCAUCUUUGCUUUUCUAAAAGCCGAAAAUGAUUACAGCUCCUCACCCGGACAUUCGUCCAAGAACUUUUCGGCAAAUGUCAACUCGCACGAAUCCAAUUUCUUGGGGUUGCCUAUCAAAAUGAGGGUCUACAAUGCAACGACUUGGCCCACAGACUGAUGUCAUUAUAUAACUAUCGUUUUAUUGUUUCAUGAAACAUAAAUUAUGUCAAUUUAUUAUUAUAAAAAAAAUGUAAAUAAAGUACAAAGCUCAAA